UGUUUCUUUGUCCAAAUUGUUAUCUUCUCAAUUAUGUUAUUCUGUUUUUUAGUUCUAAUUCUCAGUUCUUGCCUUGUUUUCUCUAUUUUCUCCACACAAAAAAUUCUGUGUGCAAAAUUGUAAACCCCCCCAUGGCCCCAUAACUGGUGUUGUGUUUGACUUGGCUUCAUUUCUAUCCAUUUUCUGCUAUUGUUAAGUUCAGAGAUAGAUUCUUCUUCAUGUUUAUUUGUUGUCUUUUAACUCUUUCUACAUUAUUGUCUUUAAUUUUUCCUAAUCAUGUUUAACCAAAAAUUAAAUUCUGUACCUAUAUUACUGAUAAGUGGGGCUAAGUUUGUAUUACUCCAACUUACUUCUUUUUCUCCAAUGUGACUUGUAAGCUCACCGCCCUUUGUUUUUGUAUGUUUCCUCUCAUUUAUUAUUGAUAUAUUAUGGGGUUUAAAUGUUCUUGCCCCUUUUAAAUUUGGUUCUUUCACAUCUUUUUAGAGUGUGACCAAAAAGGUUGCUCUCAUUUCCACUCAUUACUGUGCUUUCCCUACUUUGGCUGGUACAUCACAGACUUUUUUCUUCAAUUCCCCUCCCAAAUUUAAUUCAGUAUAACGACCUGUCAUCAUUCUUUUUGGAAAUUCUUUAGAUUAUUCCAUUAAAUUUCUGCUUUUGUGUGGUUUAAUUUAAUGCCCUUGAUAAGGUUCUUAUAUCCUGAAAUUAGAAAGUGAUUGCUGUUACAAGAAUGUUAUAUGUUCUUAUUCAGGAAGAAUAAAUAAAUUGUUUGGGAAAAGGAAACGAGGGACGAAAUAUUUAAAGGUGAUAUUUCAUGAUUUCCCUGGUGGAGCUGAGAGCUUUGAGCUCAUUACAAGAUUCUGUUACAACAAAGGGAAGAUUGAGAUAAACCACAUUAAUGUUUCAACUCUAUAUUGUGCUGCCUGUUAUAUGGAAAUGGAGAAAUCUGUAUCCGGAAACCAAAAUCUAUUCGAGCUAACUGAGAAUUUGCUUGCGGAUAUUAGGUAUUGGACUUGGUCUGAACUUCUUGAUGCCCUAAAACAAUGUCAAAAUUUGAUACCUGUGGCAAGUUCUUCAGGUGUAAUUGAUAAGUACCUCGAUUCUCUUAUCGGGAGAGUUGCAUCUUCCUGUGAAACCAGUCCUUGUCCGUCGACUUCUUCUGCUGACAGUUCUGGAUUUCGGUUGUCUUGUGAUUCAAAAAGUACAGAGAGCUUUAAAAAUAGCACAUUUCGGGCUACAUGGUGGUUUGAGGAUCUAGCUGCUUUCGAGCCCUUUUUGAUCGAUAUUUUGGUAAAGCAAAUGGUAUCCAGAAAUCUUGAUCAUGGUAUUCUUAGUAAGUUCCUGUUCUAUUACCAAAAAUCAAGAUUUGCAUCGGCCAAAACGAUGGAUGAGAAAUGCAAGACGAUGGAGACAGUUAUCGAGAUGCUUUAUUUGCUAGAUUUGAGCUGCAUUUCCUUCAAAACCUUAUUUGGAAUGCUUCGAAUUACUCUGAAUUUGAAGAUAAGCAAGUGCUCGAGGAACAAGUUAGAGAGCAUGAUUGGUUCCCUGUUGGAUCAAGCGACUUUGGAUAACCUGCUGCUCCCUUCACCGGUUGGAUCAAGUUAUUUAUAUGAUGUGAAUUUAGUUCUCAGGUUGUUGAAAUCAUUUAUUAGCAAAGGGGCAUGUUGUGUUCCGUUAACUCGAUUGAGGAAAGUUGCUAGCUUGAUCGACUUGUACAUAGUAGAAGUCGCUCCUGAUCCAUGUCUAAAACCUUCCAAGUUCCUUGCCCUGGUCAAAUCGCUGCCUGAAUCUGCUAGGGACUCAUAUGAUGCAAUCUACCACGCCACAGUUAUGUAUUUUGAGGUACAUUCGGGGUUAUGUGAAGAGGAAAAGAUGAAAAUAUGUAGUGGACUGAACUAUGAGAAGUUGUCAUCAGAGGCUUGUAACCACUUAGCUCAGAACAAGAAAUUCCCUUCAAAAUCUGCUGGACAAGCUCUCAUUACUCAGCAAGUGAAGCUCAAAAGCUUACUUCAAGAAACCAAUCAAGCCAGUCCUUACGUCGAUUCACAUUGUAGUUUCGCGGAAGCAGAAAAUACGGGUAAGGAAGAUCAGCAGAUCGUCCUAUACGCAGGAAAGCUGGAUCUUUCGACUGAGAAUGAGAAACUUAAAGUACAUUUACAAGGUAUGCAAUGUAGAGUGCUAGAAUUGGAAAAAGUUUGCAGGAAAAUGCAAAAUCAGAUGGCAAAGAUGUUGAAAUCAAGAGUAUCAAGCCAUAACAAUGCAAGAUCUUUACCUAGGCUAUGUUCUUGAUUGAGAUAAUAAAUCCAAUCAUUCUUAUUUUACUUUUAUUAAUAUUAUUAUUACUUCUUUUUUGAAUGUGUAUGUAAAUAGCAAGUGAAAAUAUUAGUGCUUUGUUUGAAUAGCAAGAGUACUUUUACCCCA